CUUCCGCGCCGCGGGCGGCCCUCCGUUGGCCGCCCCGGCCCAGCCGGAGCUAGCACCCCUGAGGCCGCGGCGUUCCCCUCCGUCUCGGUUUCCUCGGCGGCGCAGUCCGCCCGUGCCGCCUCGCCUUCCCCCGCGCCCCGCCGCCACGGCCAUGGUGGUGUCGGGGCGGGGCGGCGGGGGCGGGAGCGGCGGCGGAGACGGAGACGGUACCGCGGCCGGGGCCGGAGCCGCGCCGCCCGGCACCUCCCCGGCGUGCGGCCGCGCGGGGCGAGCCCGGCCCGCUGCUGCGAGAGUGCGGGCGGCAGCGGCGGGGCCGAGCGGCUCUUCCCAGCGCGGCCCAGGUGAACCUUGCUCAGGCAGCAUCUCCGGGGGCUCUCGGGCGCCUGCCGCUUCUCAGCGUUCUUUUUCCGGACAGGACGGUGUGGCAGCAGAGGCUCGGGGGCACUCGGGAAAGCUGAUGUCCCGAGGGAGAAGGCUUUGGCCGCCAGCCGCAACCCGCUUCGCUGAGGAGCGGGAGCAGCCAUCGGAUGAACUGGAAGUCGGGCAGGAGCCAUUUACCAGGCCCACCACUUCACCCGCUUCAACCACCAGGCUGGGGCUCCCAGAGAGGUGAUCUGAUAUUUCAACAAGGGCUUGCUUUUAAGGACUUGAUCCUAAAGACUGCAGACUUUAUGUAAGAAAAUUACAUCAGGAAACUUCCAAUACUUGGGAAUGAAGUAAAACAGUGCUGGUUCACUCUGACUGCAUUAAUACUUAGCAGCUGGUAUAGAAUAUUCUUGCUAGGUUAAAACUAAAACAUAUUCAUAAUCCCACAAUCCAUAUGAUAGCAUAAGUGAACAUGCACCUGCUCUCCUGAUGAAUAUAUCAUGCUGCAGCAUGCUGCUUUUAAAAUCUGCCAAGUAAAAAGCAGUAAGUGAAAGAAAUUGUCUCUUCGUUUAUAGCCCUUUGCAUCAACAUAAUACAAACCCCUGCUAUCCUUACAAAACCAUACAUAAGCAAGCACUCUUUCUUCCAGUUUUCUUACAAACUGUUGCCUACAAAUCAUUCCACUGACACAGUUGAGACUUGUUCAAAUAAAGCAUUAUUUGCUUUGAUUAGGGGAACAGGACAUCAUGAAGAAGAUCCCAUUCAUUGCUUCCUCUAUCAGACAUGCAGAUUAAAUAUUAUAAAAAUGCUGAAGUGUCCUUCAUAUUUUCAAACAUUAACACUAAGAAAAAUAAUCAGACCUUUGCCAUCUCAUAACAUGUUAGACAACAUCUCUUUGAGGGACCAGGAGUAAGUGGGCACACACUGCAGGACUUCCAGCAGUUCACAGUAGCUGCUGCAAAAUAUGGGUUGAGUCUGCAUUUUGUAAUACAGUAGAGCUGUAUCUCUUGGUUUCAUGAGUUGUUGAUGUAGAGAUUGAAAGCAGGGUGUGAAUUAUAUAGGUCAUCUCCAGAUGAUACAACAAAUAUCACUACAAGAAUACAUGGAGCUAGGUAUAUUCCUCUCUUUAGUUCAUAGAAAACCUACUUUCUUACCGAGUUAGAGCUGACACUGAUUUUAAUGUACCCCUUUAUUUGUAAAGCCACGUUGCUUCAGUGUUACGAAUUUAAUAGUAUCAUGGCAGGAGAGGACACCUUCCUUAGUACUUUUCAGAAAUUUCAAAUUUCAAAAGACUUCCCUUUUCAAAUAGCAUCAUAAAUGUACAUAAUGCUUUUCCUUGAAUGCCCUGUCUUUAUUUUGCAAUAAAAUUUUAGGCCAUCUCUCUGGCCACUAGAUCAUUUCCCUCACAGUGGUGAGCAGUCAGUCAGCGUCACCUGCCCAAAAUAAUAAAUACGAAAUCCAACUCAAAUAGGACUAAGUAUUACUAAUUUUUUUUUUUAAAUAUAAUAAAUAUUAAAUCUUUGCCUUCUAGUUUUUAGGAACAGACUAGUCUGCUAUCAAGGUUUAUGUGAACACUGCAUACCAUUAACAUGAGGCAUAACUUGAGGUAGUAGAUAGAUGGAAUCAACUUUUAGUGGGAUUGCUCUGGAUAAUGAUGAAUGAGGUGCCACACACCUACCUACAUGGGAAAACUUGAUUCCACCUGAGGUCCCAGAAAACUCAUUUAGUUUUGCUAAUUUCUAAGGAAGAGGACCUCAAAACUCAGAUCAGAACAGAGAGGAGUAAGAAGCCUGUGUGCUGUUAUUCUCAUAAGAAUGUGUCAAAUGAAAGUUAGCAACGUUUAUGGCAGUGGUAACUCUCUAAUUGAGGACAGCUGAAGAACUGAAAAGUAUAAGAAAUUUUCCUUAUUCAAAAGAUGGAAAAAAGGUAAGCAACAAAAUCCUGAAAAACAUUAAAAUUGUAAGAGCUUUCAAUUUUGUUACUGGAAUUAUCUAUGCAAGAAACUUUUAUUACAGUAAGUUCACUGUCUCUAGGAAGUAAGAGAAGUUAACUGGCAGGUUAAGGUGCAAGGAUAGCAAAGGAAGGUGCAUAAACAAAAGAACUAAUGGUCUGAAUAGUGACAAUAAGGAAGAUUACAGCAGGAAUGAGAUUUUGGAGACACCUACCUUGCAUCUAUAAAGAUUACUGUGCACUCAGGUCAAAUGUCAAUUACAAAAUUUCCACAUACAUCCUUUAGAGAACAAAGAGACAUAAUUUCAAACAUUACACAUAAAAUCCAGAGUUUAUCCCAUAUGUUCUUAAGGAAGAAUAUGCAAUGACUGUGGGGCAAUUUACAGAGAUAUGGCAGUUUCUUCCCUGUUCUGAGACGUUCACCUUCAUUGUUCACAGGCACCAAAUACAUUUUGGUGUCCUCAUGAAAGAUUUGUAUCUAAUAAUAUCAAAUAUUACUUGUUGUUAAUAACUGCAUAUAUCUUACUUCUGUUUUUCCCACCAAAGUCAGUUUGCUUUUAGCUGGCUUAGGUUUCAUGCAGGCAGCAGAUACUGCAAUACCAAGGCAUAGCGACUGACCACGCCAGGUAACUGAUUAUAUGAAUUAUGUAUGUUUACAUACAGGUUCCCAACAAGACCAUUUUUACAUUAUGUCAGUAAUUAGAAGGAAGGCCUCCAAUUAAUGAGAUCAUUGGAAGUAGAGGUACAAGAGGAAAUUGAUUUAGCAGGCUGAUUCUAGGAGGAAAAGUGAAGUGUUACAAGAAAUGACAAUAUCCUUGGAAAGUAGUAAACUAUAUUCUGUAAACUAUAUGCUAAACCAUAUGCUUCCAAACUUAAAUCAGUCUCUGUCAGCUACAAAUCGGGGAAAUGCCAGGAGUCAGAUCAUUAGAGUCUUUACCUCUGAUGCUUUUGGCAUCUAUUUUACAUGUAGCUUCUUCUCUCUCCUUGGACUUGGCGCAAGACUUAGAGCAACCACGACUUAGUAUUCUUUGAUUUAUCCCCUCAAUUAUUUGUAAUGCCAGUGAAAUUGAGGUUUCAAAUUCUUUGUUAGUUCCUUGUCAGCCUAGCACUGGAUAAUACACCCAUAGCAGUAUUUUCUUAAAGCAUAAGCUUUUACAAUAUGCCUCACUGCAUGUUUGCCAAUAUUUAUUAAUUUUGUACAUAAAGAUAUGUAUACACGUGCACUCACCUACCCUAUAUAUAGAAAGACCUACACACAUCCUAUAACUGUGCCAACACCAGCAGCCAAUCUGAUUUAACUAGCAUAGUAGAAAAAUAUUCUUGCAACUACAUAGGCACACUGGUAUAGCACCUUGUGUAGAAAAUGCUGAAAUUUCAUCAUCAAAAUGAUGUAUAUAUGUAUAUAUGACAUUUCUAGGUUAGAUGUAAUACAAUAAGUUGCAAAAACAUAACAGAAAAAAAAUACUGUCUUCUGUCUUGGUGAAUGCUGGAAGUUUGUAGCCCAAACUCUCUGUCCUUCCUUCUCCUAACACAGCUGAGCACAUGUAUGGACACUCCCUGGAUCAGACCAACAUGCUCCUGGCCACUCUGGGUUGGGAUAAUGACUAGAAUCUUCCACUCUGUGUUCUGUAGGUCAGAAGAUUCAGAAUGCAGUUUUGGCACAACUACAAGGUAAAAUGCCACGUGACUGUAGCAGCCACUUGCUGUGAUAGAACACCAUCUCAGAUUGGAACAGCUUCUGCACCUGUUUCUCAGCAUUUCUAUUUAUGAGCAAAUAGGAAUGUUGCAAUUGUACUAACAUUAAAGUUUAGUUAAAGUUUUCUAAAACUGGUUUAGUGCAAUAACACUUUUAUAGGAAAAAUUUAUUUUGAACUCAAAUCAAUUCUGAGACUCACUGAAUUAGAGCUGUAUUCUUAAGCCAUAUAAUGCACUACAUGCUUUACAAUUUUUUUUAAUAUGGCACUUGCUGGCAACUCUGAGUUGCAAGGUAACAAAAACAUUCAUAAAUAAUACACUAGCAAAAAUAUCUUCCCUACCAGCUUAUCAAGAUGCAGAGAAGCUAAAAUGAAAACAAUGUUAUCACAUUAGGCCUACAUUUAUGAACUAGACACAAACACUGUUUAAACACAGUUAUAUUUUUAUCAUUUAUGUAAUUGUCAUAAACUGCAAUUAUUAUACCUUUACUAUUAUUACCAUUAGUCAGAUCCAGUGAUCCACCUGUGCUAUAAUGAUUUUUGUUCCAAAUCCCCAAGAAGCCUGCAAACAACUUCCUGUCAAACCAAACACAAAAAUGAAAUGGAAUUUGGGGGAUUUUUUUUGCCAUGCAAAUGUUCCUUUUUACUCCAGCUCUAGCUACUUUGAUUAUUAGCUACAUUCCAGUCAGAAUCAAGGACAGUUUUACAACCUUCUUGUUUGUGUCAUUUUAAUAAAAAAUAAUUUGGUUUUAAAUGUUCUCUGGUGAUGAAAUAAAAAAAAGUCUGGAUGGAUGCUACAUUUAUUUUCUUUCUCCCCAUCCGUCUGUUUUCAUUUUAUUCUAUUUCUUUUCUUCCCAUGUCCCUUGCAAUCUACUUGUCUGCUCUUCCCUGCAAUUUUUUUCUACACUGAGACUAUUCCUUUUACAAUGCUGCUCUCAGGUAAACAGGCCCCUCUUAUCUGUCAGGCUUCCUCUCAGUGUUUUUUUAAGCUCGUGCUUUCCCACACGUCUUUCAUAGUUCUGUCUCACUCUUUACACCUUAUAUCCUCUUUCCUGAAGUAUCUGUCUUGCCUGGAGCUUAUUUUGUUGCCUUUGAUUUUAAGCCAUUAGAGACAAACAGUGUUUGCAGAGAGUCAUGUCUGUAUAUGGUUUCCAAUAGCAAUGGGGCAUGUCUUUUUUCAGUCAACAGGCUUACCAGUUUAGGAUUGUUGGUUUGGGGUUUUUUUGUAAUUGUUGAAUAAGGCCUUCGAAUUUUGGCCACAAAAUACCAAUAAGCCUGACAGAUAAUUAAAUAUUAGAUGCUAAAAUAACAGUAUUCUAAUUACAGAUUCUCUGCUUCUGUUCCCUUCCAGCUUCAGAUGAGCUGGUCUGCUGCAUCAUUCUGCAAUGCCCCCUGUGCUGGGAAGAGGGGAGCUGCUUUGCUCCAUCUGUUCUGACACCACUCACUUCAGUGUCCUACCCCUUGUUCUGUCCAAGCACACCUCCAAAAAAAAGAUAACAGCCCCAUAGUCAGCAGAUUUGGAACAAUAUUUCUUUCAGGGUGCAGAGACAGUUGAAGAGAUAAGAGAGGAAAGGCUGCUUUGCAUAUGUAGCUCAUCAGUUAAUGCUUCCUAUUGAGACAAAGGUGGAAGAUAUAAAUAUGAAACUGAUCACAAAACAAUAAAAUUAAUGAUGCCAAAGAAAGCAUAUGGCUUUCCAAAAGUGGAUAUUUCUUGGCUUACGGAAUGAACGGGUGGGUAGAUCUUUUGGAAGAAAUUUAUAAGGAAAUAGGAGCAUAGAAGAGCCAACAGGUACUGAAAGAGGUGUAUUAAAGGCACAACAGACUACCCUGAUGUAAAGUAAGCACUGAAAAAGAGCAGCAAGGCUUCAUCAGGAGCUAUUUGGUUAACUGAAAAACAGGAAGGAAUCAUGCAAAACAGUGAAAACAAGAACUGAUUACUAAAAAUGAGUUUAAAAGAAUAGUAAACUCACACAAGAAACAAAGGAUGAAGGCUAAGAGGCUAUAUGAGUUAAUCUAGGAAAGGAUCUAAGUAAAAGACUAUCUAAGUAAAAGACAGCAAACAAUGUGACACAAAGAAUUCUGAAAUAUUCAAAGCUUAUUUUGCUAAUGUGUCUACAAAAUAUCUUUGUGUCAGACAUGCAAAGCAAUUAAUUUCAAUCAAAGUCUAAGACACACAGACCAGAAAAGGGAAGGAAUGUGUUAAGCAAUAUUAAGAAAUGCCAGUUUCCAAUCCUGCUGCCUUAAACAUGUAGUUCAGAAAGCAGUGGAUAAAGCCAGCCUCCCUGUAUUCUUGUGUCUCCUGAUUAGCCCAGAGCAAAAAGUAUGACUGAAAUUUAUGGCUGGAAUAUUUAUAACAUUCUUCUGUGAGUUUUCCAGUACUUGAUAUCAGGGUUUCAUUUACACUGAAUUCCUUGUUGCCAUGGAAGGCUCUCUAUUUACCUGCUUAUUUUCACAAAAUCUUUAGAAAUGUGGUAUCUUUGAGACCACAGCUACUUGGUCUACUUCAAUUGGAGAGUAAGCAACAAGUUCAAAAGGCAUGGUGUGGCCUGACUGGUCAUAUGUCAGGCAUAUAAACUGUGUUUCCAUAGGAAAAUGUGCUAAAAAUUACCCUGGAGCACUUAAAAUAAUCUCUGUAUCAUGAUUCUGGGAUGGGAGCAGGGGGAGGGUGUUCUGGAGGGGUUUUUUGUUUUGGUUUGGGUUUUUUGAGAAUUCAUAAAGUGCAAGAGAGGUCCAAGAAGACUAGAAAUUAUGAAGAUACUGCCUUAGGAAACAAAAUGCCAUUGGCCUCUCAUAAAUAACCAUGCAUCUCGGAGAGAUACUGUCAUAGGUUAUUAGGCAGUUAGUGUAUAGCCAUGAAGAGAACAAUAUGAUAGAAAACAAUUAGUAGAAAGGCUUUAAAAUGUAAUCUUAGGAUCAUUAUUGUGUCAAACCUUUCCAAUUUCCUUCCUAGAAAGGGCAGAAGGCCUACUGAAUAAGAAGGAAGCAGUAAACGUGGUAUCUGUACUUUAACAAAGUCUUUAGUUGGGUCCUCUCUAAUUUUGCCUGCAAUACAAAAAAUGGUGUGGACAAAGUCAAGUAACAGUUGACACACAAAUAGUUAAGUAUUUCUUCCAAAAAGUAUUUAUUUAAUGGUUUUCUGACAGAAUAGGAUGGCACAGCAAUAACAUCCUUCAGGGACUUCUCAUCCAUCCUAUUCUACUCAAAUUUUCAUUGAACAGUUUGGAAAAUAGAAAAGGUAGUAAACUUGUAAAAUUUGCAAAAAGUCUGGAAGGGGGUUGCAAACACAGGUAAGCAGAUCAGAAUCCAAAAUAUUUAGAUAAUGCGAGAAACUACAAGUGCAAUAAGCUCAUACUAGACAGACUGAAGUUGACAAAAAUGAGACAGGAUAUUAAUCCAACCUGAUGACGCUUUAACAAGGCAACAGGAUUGCAAAGAAGGAUAGGAAGGUUCAAGAGGAUUUCAAACUAAAUAUGAGUCAACAUGAUGAUGCUGCAGAAAGGCAUUUCAUGUUCCAAGAUGUAUUAGGAAGUGUGCAGUGUGUGAAUGAGGACCUAAUUAUUUUGCAAUCUUCAGUGCUGCUGAGGUCUCAGCUGGAGCAUUCUGUGCAAUUUUGGGCAAUGCACUCCAAGAACAAUUUCAACAAUUUGGAUGGAGUUGAAAUGAAAUCAACAAGAAUGAUAUUUUGAGUAUAUGGCUUAUAAGGAAAGGUUGAAGAAGUAAGGCUUUGCUUCCUAAGAAAAAGGAAGACUUUUUGUCUUGAUGUUUUUAUGUAAAAUGCAUAAUAGAUGCAUACAGAAAGACAUGGUCAACAGGUUUUUGUACACACUUGAAUUGUAACAAGUAACUGCUUAAUUUGCAUCAAAGAAGAGUAGUCUGGAUAUGAAAAAUGAAACAACAACAACAACAACAACAAAAAAAUCCUUUUAACCUAAAGUCUAGAUUAGAUGGAAUAGAUUUAUGAGGUUGUGGAAUCCCCCUCAUUUGUGGUUUUUAACAGCAGCCUAUACAAACAUCUGUCAAGGAUGACCUAUUUACCCAUUUCCUGCCACAACAGGGAUAGACUGGACUUCCUUUUUUUUUUUUUUUGUUUUUCUCUUUUUUUUUUUUCCCCACUGUAAUGAUUUCAUGACUGGAGAACCUGUUUCAUUUAACUUGGUUGCUACAGAUCAAGCAGUACAACUGUUACAACUGGGGAGCCAAGGCCUUAGUAAAAUAAAACAAACCUCCACAUAAAAUAAAAAUUCAGAAAAUAAAAAAAAAAGAAAACUAGCUUUAGCACCUUUUUUACAUAUAUGUGUCAAAAAGAAUUAUUCUGUAUUAAUUACAUUAUUUCUUAAAAUACAAUUCUAUUAUCCAAAACAUACCUUUUACAACCAUUAAGAAGUCAAAUUGAGAUUUUGAAUUUUUUUAAAAUAACCAGGGUACUAAAAGUUAUAAUUAUGUUAAUUCUUAAUGUCAUUAUUUAAAGCAAAGUAAUACCAAUUAUUUUCAUUGAGAAAUGAAAUGUGAAAUACAGAAAAACAACUCACAGAAAAACUGUGAAUGAAGCUCUGUCAGCACCUCAGGGAUAUAUAUGAUGGUACUAUAAACAUAACCUGCACAAGAGCUUUUCUCCUGUACUUAAGAUGCUGUCAUCAGAAACCUGUGUUUAUCUGCAGUGGCUUUAGGUAUCACUGUCACUGAUCCUUAGAUCAAAUCAAGCUAUGCACAUGCACAGACACACAGAGUGUCAAGCUAUAGUUACAGUUGAUCUAAUGACACUUCCAUCCCAAGAACUCAUGCAAUCCCUGUUAAAGAAACCAAAACAUCACUUAUGUUGAAAUCUUCAUGACUACUAUUAAACUUUUAGAUUAUUUCCAAGAGUUAAUUUUUAAAAAAAUGCAUGUUUCUUUUUCCAUUUUUCUUAACUAUCAAGAAGACCUCUUCCAUUUUUCUAAGCAUGAAAAAAAUUCUGUUCCAGAAUAACAUUUUAAAUUAUUUAUUUUAAAUUACUUGCCUGAAACUCUAAAAUGGUUAUGUUUUCAGACCAAGCUUGUAGUUUACAAAAUGUUCAUAGCAUAAGAAGGUUUUCAGUUGUUUUAAACUCACCAAUCAAGCAAAGAAUCCAAUUCCUAUACUGGCCUGCAGUGGGAUGAAAGAAAACAAGUCAGUAAAUCACAGACAUCUGGUUCAAAAUAUGGAAUGCAUGGCCAAAGGCUUUAGCAGGUUCUAUAUUACCAAGAUCCCCAUUUACCUUUCCAAAAUAUGUGAAUUAUUAGAACUACACUAAAUGGUAAUUGAUCCAAGAUCAAUGUAAUUCUUUCCCAUUUCUGUAGACAGGUGUGUUUAAUUCUUUGUGUGUUUCCCAGAUUCUGAUAGGUGAAACAGAACUUUGAAAGAAUUCACUAAACUAGCAAGACAAGAAAGCAAAAUGCUAUUGCUUCACUUGGUGUGUAAUGCUCAUAAAGCAACUGAGGAAAUUAGCUUUAAUUUCCAAUCUUAACACACAGUUGCAUGCUGGGUUUUUACAAUACAAAAAUGUGAGCUGGAGGAUAUUGCAGGAACACUGACACACCAAUGACUUUUCCAUUUUCUGGAUUGGAUUUUUGAUUGUUUUGCAUGCCAAAAUGUAGGAUUUUCUGCCCCUUCCCAAGCUGGUUUAAAGCACAAAGAAAAGAGAUGAACUACAUAAUGUAAGAAUUAGCAUAACUGUUUGGGUAAUACUGAGAAGAAAGUACAAUAGUUUGUCUCUAAAACUAAGUUCUUAUUCAUGUAAAAAAUCAAAUUUAUACAGCUGUGCAGUUGUUACCUACAAAGUAAAAGUCUGUGCUUAUAAAUAUAUGUUUUUGUGGCUGCAAUGUAUGCAAAAUUGCUUCUUUUUAAACCAGAAGUGAAAUUGAGUUUUAGGCCUUCCCAUUUUUACACCAAUAUGGUAUAAUACUGCAUGUAUAAUGAAUGGUAUCAUGAGGGAUUUUUUUUGUAUCUCAUCUCUUUUUUCACCAAAUUGUAUUCCUAGACUGCUCCCAGCAGCUGUUCAUCUAAUUCAUCAGCGAGAACCAUAUUCAACAAGAUUAUACUGCUUUCAUCUGUCCCCUUCAGAAAAGCAGAGGAAGAGCAGAAAAGUAGGAGAGGAAAACUUAUUUUCACUUUGAAAAAUCUUUUAUAAGACUCAAUACUGACACAUAAAAAAAGAUGUCUAUCAGACUUGACCACUAAAAGACAAUGCAUCUCAUCUUCUGCCUUCCAAAGAGAGAUCCACCAUUCAUAUUCAUCUGUCAUAGCAACAACAGUGAACGCAAUGCCUGUCUCAGAUGAAGAGAUUCAGCCAACGCUUAGGGGACUAGGGAGGCAAAGAAGACACAGUUUGCUAUCAGAUUACUUGUCAUGCAUGUGCUUAAUAAAGUUUACAGUCCUCAGGAAGAGCCAAAAUACGUCUUUCAUUACCAAGAAAACUUCAUCUUAAACCACUAAAAUCAGUCAUAAGACUCAUAAGACAACUUUGUACACAAUUCGCAUUUUUUUUCACAGAAAGUCCCACCAAAUUUUCCUAUCAGACAAUUCCACUUCAGGUAGUAAGGGUAAGUGCCUAAUAACACACAGGGCUCUUUUAGCUGCUUGCACGCUAACAACCAGUAUAAUUGUGCCUAGCUUUUUAUUUCAAAUGGAGACUACCUGCUUCCCAUCAUAAUGGUCCUUCAUUAGAGGACCUAUUCCAUCAUGAUUUAUAUGAUACCUAGGCAAGUUCCCAACGGGAGUUG